AUGAAGGACCCCGUCUUCAGAACCAAUUCUCCUCACAUCAAUCCAAGAUUCAAAGGUUCAAGGUCCCAGAAUAAGGCAGCCGGUCCCGAUUUGCGCAAGAUGAUUUCCAACAACGUUAACAAGACUGCUCUCCACCCUUCGGGUGUGACUCCCCAUGUGGAGCACACUGAGCUCGAGCAGGAGCUUCACGACAAGGCGCACAUCGACUACGACCGUGUCGCAAUUAUUCCCAACCCCUCAGUCGCUGCCCUCUACGAGGAUGCGCUGGUGUACGAGACUGGAACUGCCAUCACCUCAAGCGGUGCUCUGACUGCCUACUCUGGGGCCAAGACCGGCCGAUCACCCCUCGACAAGCGAAUUGUCAAGGAGCCCUCAUCCGAAGACAACAUCUGGUGGGGCCCCGUCAACAAGCCCAUGACCACUGAUGUCUGGAAGAUCAACCGUGAGCGCGCUGUCGACUACCUGAACACCCGGGAACGCAUCUACGUUGUCGAUGGCUUCGCCGGCUGGGACGAGCGAUACCGCAUCCGUGUCCGUGUUAUCUGCGCCCGUGCCUACCAUGCUCUCUUCAUGCGCAACAUGCUCAUCCGCCCCUCGCGCGAGGAGCUCGAGCACUUCCACCCCGACUACACCAUCUACAAUGCUGGCUCUUUCCCCGCCAACCGAUACACUGAGGGCAUGACCUCCGGCACCUCCGUCGCCAUCAACUUCGACCAGAAGGAGAUGGUCAUCCUCGGUACCGAGUACGCCGGUGAGAUGAAGAAGGGUGUCUUCACCGUCCUCUUCUACGAGAUGCCCAUCAAGCACAACGUCCUGACCCUGCACUCCUCCGCCAACGAGGGCAAGAACGGUGAUGUCACCCUCUUCUUCGGUCUGUCUGGCACUGGCAAGACCACUCUCUCUGCCGACCCUAACCGAGCCCUGAUCGGUGACGACGAGCACUGCUGGAGCGACAACGGUGUCUUCAACAUCGAGGGUGGCUGCUACGCCAAGACCAUUGGCCUCUCCGCCGAGAAGGAGCCCGAUAUCUUCGGCGCCAUCAAGUACGGUUCCGUUCUCGAGAACGUUGUCUUCGACCCCGAGACCCGCGAGGUCGACUACGACGACUGCACCCUCACCGAGAACACCCGUUGCGCCUACCCCAUCGAGUACAUCUCCAACGCCAAGAUCCCUUGCCUGUCAGAAAACUCGCCCUCCAACAUUAUCCUCCUCACUUGCGAUGCCCGCGGUGUCCUGCCCCCAAUCUCCAAGCUCGACCGCUCGCAGACCAUGUUCCACUUCAUCUCUGGAUACACCUCCAAGAUGGCCGGUACUGAGGACGGUGUGAACGAGCCCCAGGCCACCUUCUCCAGCUGCUUCGCCCAGCCCUUCCUCGCCCUCCACCCCAUGAAGUACGCCAGCAUGCUCGCGGACAAGAUCGAGAAGCACGGUGCCAACGCCUGGCUCCUCAACACCGGUUGGGUCGGUGCUGGUUUCGCCCAGGGCGGCAAGCGAUGCCCCCUCAAGUACACCCGCGCCAUCCUCGACGCCAUCCACUCCGGCGAACUCGCCAAGGUCGAGUACGAGAACUACGGUGUCUUCAACCUCCAGGUCCCCAAGACCUGCCCCAACGUCCCCGCCGAGCUGCUCAACCCCCAGAAGGCCUGGACCGCCGGCGAGGAGUCCUUCACGAACGAGGUCGUCAAGCUUGGCAAGCUCUUCCGCGAGAACUUCACCAAGUACGAGAGCGAGGCCACCGAGGACGUUGUCAAGGCCGGUCCCGAAGUUUAA